AUGGAUUAAGAAAUAAACCAUUUCAAUCUGCCUGAUAUAAGAGAUAAUGAUGAUUCCGAUGAUCAAGAAGAUUAUAAUCCAUUUAUCUAUCAUCACUAAUAAGAAGGCUAUCAUUCAUUUGAAAAAAUAUUUUAGAAUCAUUUUGAUGUUGUAAAUAAUAGAUGGAUUACAAUUCCAAGAACUAAAAUCUAUUUGCUGAGAUCAGCUAUGCACAAAAUGAAAAAAUGGUUGCUUUACUUAAGACAAGAGCAUCACAUGAUUUAAUCUAUUGUUAAAUAAAAUGAUGAUCUAAGGACUCAAUUAAAGAAGAACCAAGAACAAUAUUCUAGUCAUUAUCUUGUUGAAUAACAGAGAACAAAUCAAUUGUAUGAGGAAAUUAGGAAGGCGAGAUAAGACUUAAAAGAUAAAGUUAUGUAAAUGAAUGAUCAAAUCUAAUAACUUAAAGAUACGAUUGCAGAAAAGGAUAAAAAGAUUUAAAGACAGGAAUUAACUAUACAAAGAUUAAAUGAAGUGAGCAAUGGGUAUGAAAAUCAAAACAAAGGUUUGCAACAACAAAUAAACAAUCUCUAGAAGGAUUUUACAUAUUUUAACAAUAUUAAAAAGUAAGGCUUCAUUGAUGAGAAGGCAUUAAUUGGAGGGAGUUUGACAACUUUUGAGUUGGUUUUGGCAUCAAAAGUGAAAAGUAAGAUUUUAUAGUUCCUGUCCCUAAAGGAUUAUCAAAGUCUAAUGAUUUGUAAUCGCAAACUCUAUCUUUCCUUAAUAUCGCAUAAUACAAUUAUUCCACAUGCAGUAAAUUCCCUCAGUAACAAAUUUAAUCAUUAGUACAAACUAUUGCAAAGUGUAAAUGAGGAAUUCAAAAGUGUUAUCAAAUAGAGUGAUGAUCCAAAACUAAGAGAAAUCAUGAUAAAGUAGUAUGAAUUAAAGGUUAAUUUCUCUGAAUAUAUCAUCCCUACUUUACGUGAAUGCCAAUCUUUAAUAGAUGGUGACAACUUUAUAGGGUUGAAGAAUAAUUAGCACAAUAGAGAUUGUAAAAUAUGCAUAUCAUUUAAUUUAGUGAUGGAUCUAUUGGAGGGCUAUUUAACUCAAUAAGCAUCAAGUUAUUAGGCAGCAUUAUAGAGUUUGGUCUAGGAGAAAUUCCCUUGGAAUCAAUUCUUUCCCAAACCCUAAACUACUAUCUAAUAGGUUCAAUUAUAGAGAAAAUAAUUUCCAACUUCUUCGCAGAUGUUUGCCCAAUAAAUCAUCACUAGAUUGUAUGAUCUCAGUACAGUGUGUGCUCAAGAUUCUUCGAUAUUUGGGAUGUUUCUAUCAUAAUUAUAGCGUUGUUUAGCCUCAUUAUUUGUUUAUGGAUAACACUUGUCUCAGGAAGUCAAUGAUUUAUAGUCACUCAAUUACUAUAUAAUGACCAAAUUCUUCUUUUUGUUGAAGGAAAAGAAAUAAAUUGAGGAUCAAUAUGAAGAUUUUAAGACUUAAUUGGGACUCUACUAAGAUGCGAAAAGAUUCUUAAAUGAGAAGGUGAAAGAUUUAGAAAAGAUUAUCUCAGAUAAAAAUGAAAAAAUCAGCGGGUUAAAUCAAUAACUCUAUAUGAAGGAGAGUUAAUUGAAAUAGAACCAAAUUAUGGUCUAAAAAAACAAUGAAUCACUUCGUUUGUAUUAGGAUAAACUUAAAAUUCUGGCCAGAGAAAUUAUGGAAGUCAGAAGGAAAUAUAAAAAUACAUGUGUGGAAUACAAUGAAAUAGUGUCGAGGUUUAAUUUGUUAAAAAUUUAAUUAGAGAAAAUGGAGAAGCAGUAAAAAAAUUGA